AUGGCUGGCCGUGUGCUGUUGGUGUGUGCCCUCUGCGUGUUGUGCUGCGCCGGCGGCGGUGCCGGUGCGUGGGGCGGCGGCUACUGCACGGAUAGUGACUGGAGGGGCUUGAGGGCCGUCGCGAAGGACAUGACGGAGGCGGAGAUUGAGGGAAAGUACUGCAGCCGCAAGCCAGAGUUUGCGCAGGGGCUGCGGGUGAUUCCGCAGGCUGUUGGUGGUGAAGGUCUUUCUACAGGCACCGGCGCGAGUGGUCCGAGCAGCGGCGAAGGAGACAAUUUUCAUACCGAGGAAGGACUGCAGCGUACAGGCAACCAAAAUCUGUCCAGUGAUGCAAGUGGGAGUAGCCGAUUGGAUUCGUUGGAAGAGAAUGGCAGUGAAGGACGAGGCGGAUCACCGGGAGGCAUGGAGAGAGCAAAUUCUUUGGAGCCGAAGGGACCAUCACCGCCAGAGCGAAAAGAAGGUGAGAACUUACAGUCAAGUGACAGCAGCAAAAGUCAAACCGAAAAGGGAGUGAAGACUCAGGAGGGAGGAGACUCACACGAGGCGCCAGCAAAACCACCAGCGACUCCGCCAUCUGAAGACAAUGCACCGAGUACGACGGUAUCGGAGCCUUCUACACCAAAGAAGGAAGGUGGGGAAGAAGGGAGUGAAGAGAAGGGGAAAUCGAAGGGAAAAGUGCAAGAGCAAAAACAAACGGGGGCUCCUGCACUGUCUCCAUCUACAACAAAAAACGAACAGCCAAUGACAAUUGGAUCGUCAGCGGAGGCUGGACAGAAAAAUACACAGCCCGACGAUGCACCAAAGGCGGAUGAAGAGAAAGUCAAAAUAACGGAAGUUGAGGGCGCCCCACAAAACACUCAGACGACAAAAAAUUGGGACGACGCGAGGGCAACUCCACAAAAUUCCCCUGCAGGUGACGGUGCCACUGCCAGCGGUCAGGCUGGACAGACCACUACGGGGGAUGGCAGUGAAACUCAAACGUCUGUUGCUGUGGUGGGACCGGGAGCAGCAGCUGAGAACGCGGCUGAUGCACCGAAGGGCAGUGGGAAGGAAACAGCAGCACAGCCAGUUGCGAGCAUCACCGCUAAUGCGACAAAGGCGCUGCAUGGGGAUAGUGACGGCAGCACCGCGGCCUCGCAAUGCAUCUCCCCCCUUGCGCUGCUUCCUCUUCUUGCGUGUGCGGCGGCGGUUGCAAUGUUGGCCGCGUGA